GCAUAGCCAGCUCUAGGAGGCCGUAGUAUGUACCUGGCUGGUGUGAGGAUGCACCAGGGCUACUACCGUCGCCUGCCCUCCUGUCCCAACUCCCCCCUUGACACUCUGACCCUCUUCUCUUCCUGCAGCCUCACCAAGGAGGCCACCUCCUUGAGGCAGCAGAAGCUGGAGCAGCAGCGCCGCCUCUUUGAGAAGAAGCAGCGAUGGAAACGCCAGGAGCCCCUCAUGGUCCGGGCCAACCCCGACUCAAAGGUUAAACAGCGCCGGGGGUGGCAGCCCGAGGAGCGCACCCCCCUCGUGGAGUCCUACAGUGAGCACAGCUUCUGCAAUGGGACCAGUAACCCUAACCUGGAGUCGGUCCCUGAGGAUCACCCUGCUGCUAACGUCAGGGUGAACAAGAACCAAGGGCCUGAUGCCCAAGGAGAAGCCCCAGGAGUGAUUUCAGAUGUCUCUGAUGCAGAGCUGGAACUGGCCAUCCUGGAAGACACCCAGCCCAUCAACAAAGCCAAAGAGGGACCGGGUGCCACCCGCAAAGGCUGGCAGGCCAAGCAGAGAAAGGCCCCCAUUUCUGAGGCCCGAUGCCUUCAGGGCUCCAGGAAGAAACCUGCAUCCCUCAAGCAGCCAGAGCCAGUCCCUUCUGUCAUUGUGGAUUUUCGAGACUCCCAGGAUGGCAGCGACCCAGAGCCCUCGGAUGAAGCUGGAGCCGUGGGUAGUGGGUGUCCUGAGGAGUGGGACUCAAAGGAAGAAGGGGAGGGAGGGGCAGAGGAGCCAUCCCAGUAUCCGCAGGUACCCCCUGCUCCUGUCAAGAAGAGACGGGAAAGGACGCUUCUCCGCGGAGGGUCUCUCACCAACCGCCAACAGAGCCUGAGUGAUGAGGAGGAGGAGGAAGACUUCCUUUCCCGGGUCCUGUGCCCUGCAGAUGAUACUGAUUCCCCCGUCCAGCUGACAGAGGAUGAAGCAGGGACCCCCCCACCCCCACUGCAGGUGGAUGAUGUGUCAGAGUUUGUGCUGCACCCUGCACCCCAGGGGCUCACAGUGCGGUGCCGCAUCACACGGGACCGCAAAGGCGUUGACAGAGGUGUCUUCCCCUUCUACUACCUGCACCUCGAGCGUGAGGAUGGCAAGAAGCUGUUCCUAAUGGCUGGGAGAAAGAGGAAGAAGAGCAAAACAUCUAAUUACCUCAUGUCCCUUGACCCCAUCGACCUGUCCCGCGAUGGGGACAGCUUUGUCGGCAAAAUCAGAUCCAACGUGCUGGGCACACGGUUUACAGUGUUCGAUAAUGGUGUCAAUCCCAACAAGAAGCCCUUCAUCCCUGAAACGGCGCAGAUACGCCAGGAGCUGGGAGCCAUUUGCUAUGAGACCAAUGUUUUGGGGUUCAGGGGUCCCCGGAGGAUGACAGUGAUAAUCCCAGGCAUGGACAUGGACAAUGAGAGGAUCAGCAUCCGGCCCAAAAAUGAACACGAGACGCUGCUGAGCCGGUACCAGAACCGGAACCUGCAGAACCUGCUGGUUCUCCAGAACAAGGUGCCGGCCUGGAACGCAGAGACCCAGUCCUACGUGCUCAACUUCCACGGCCGCGUCACCCAGGCUUCCGUCAAGAACUUCCAGAUUGUGCCCGACCACGACUCUGAGUAUAUCGUGCUGCAGUUUGGGCGGGUGGCUCCUGACGUCUUUACCAUGGACUACCGCUUCCCACUCUGCGCCCUGCAGGCCUUCGCCAUCUGCCUGUCCAGCUUCGACGGGAAGCUUGCCUGUGACUAGGGGGCUGCCGCUGACCUCCAACCUCUGGCCUCCACCAAUCUUGAUCCCCGACUCUCACCAUGAGCCAGUUUACUCUUGACCCCUGACCUCUCCCCCAGCUGUGACUUAGUCCUCCCAGGUCACCUUUGACCUCAGAGCUCUCUCCCAACGGUGACCUCUUGGACUUCUCAGGUCAUCUUUGACCUCUAGCCUCACUUCAGUUCUGACCUCUUUCCAGCCUUAACCGGUCAUUCUGCAUCACCACUGAGCUCUGACUUUUCUCACCACCUAAUCAUGUGACCUCACAUCUCUUCCCAUAGUCCCUUCUCUGUAUGACCUCAUCCCCCUUGACUGUUGAUCCAGCUUCUCAAACUCGACUCUGACCUUUGCCCUGGUCUCUCCCCCAUUUGACAUCCAACUCUCUUUGGGCCAAUGGCAUUGCUUCUCAGCCUCUCCCCUCCACCCCCACCAAAAUGUCUCACUCCUCUCUGCUGAAGAUGUGGAUACCAUUGCCAUGAUAACAGCUACCAUUUUGAUUGACUCAGUUUCCCUUUCCCCCUCCAAAGUAGGGGGCUCAGGGCCAUGUAGGUUGAGGGGCCCUACCCAUGGACUACAGAGAACCCCUGGGAUUGUAGCAGGCUCUUGAGUGAAAUAAAAUCUACCUGGAAAGGACAA